AUGCUCGAUAGCCUCGUUUCGAGUCCCAAGAACCUGGUUUCCUCGGCAACAGCAGCGGACUUGGACGGAAUGAACACCGAUGGUCUCGGCACAGAGACUGACAUUUGGGGACAAUCGGAAUUUAGCCGAGAGCGGAGUGACAGCAACGUCUUGAGCGACCAAGACAACAUGCUCAUUGGGGGUGAUAUUUUUGGCGAUAAUGACGUUACGGAAGAUGACUUUCGCUUCUUUGAUGAGCAACCCGAUGAAAUGGACCUUGGCAUUGCUGAUUACGCGCCAACGAGCGACGUCAGCCCUCCCAGGGACAUUUCUAAGGCCAGCACCCCCAAAGCAGUACACGAGACUCCUGCAGGCACUCCAAUGUCAACGAAUCCAGCGCUGCAGGACGCCGAUGUCUUCAAGAAGCCGGAGCUGAAGCACGCUAGAAGCUACAUGAGCCCCGCAACGUCCCAGACCGUCUCCGGCAAGCCAGUGUCCUCGCCGAAGCGCGAAGGAAGUCCUUUCAGUCCCGAGGCAGUUUUCAAGCGCGUGCGUGGGUCGUUGGAACCACCGAGAGAGACCUCUGCUGCGAUGCCGCCACCUGGCCAACGACGUGGCAGUAUAUUCGACAAGGUGGACAUCGGACCAGCGCUUCCCGUCAUUAACAAAAAGUAUGAGAAGGGCGGCAUCUUCUCAUUUGACCCGGGAGUCGCUUUGACCAAGAACCAUGUACACCACAUCGGCUCGUUGCCCGAAACCGACUAUUUGCGAAGGCACAGCCGACGCAAUCGGAAGCUGAAAGAGUUGCCUACCCAAGCACCAGCAGCACACAUGAGCCCCUUCAACAAGCAAGAUGGCGGAUCAGCCAGCGACGAAGACGCCAGCAGCGUGCAAUCCGAGGAGGACGAUACAAGCUACACAUCGGACGAGGCAUUUUCACCUGCGAAGGCGACAUUUAGGCGAGGGGCUCAGGAGGACGACGAUGCCUCCCAAGUGACGUCUCUGCGGGACGCUGAGGCGUUCGAAGAGUCUGAGCAACACUUGGUGGUGGAGUUGCCGCGUCUUUCGAAGCCAGUGCCUGAGGAGUUGCCUCUGGCGCGAAUCUUUGCCGAUCCUGAGCCAAUGGGAACGCAACUAUCCUUGGCUGACGAGACACUCGUGGCUGUCGCCCAAGUCUUGACAGAACAGGCAUCCACUGGUUUCGUCGACAUUGGUGACAUGCGCGCAUCUCAAGUCCACCCUGCGCUGUCAACAAGUCAUCGAAGGGCACUGGCAGGUCGGAUACACGAGUCUCUAGAGGUCUUGCACGCAACGGUGCCCGCAUGCUUCACGGGUUGGACUCGCAACAGCCUCAAGGGUCUCCUCGACCUGCCAGACGUGCCACUCGGUGGACAAGCAAUGCGGAUGGGGAUGAGCAAUCGCAAUCAAGCGGCGAGUGGACAGGACGGCAACGUGGCGGCACAGCUAAGGCCCAGUAGUCUCUAUCCCAUCCCUUACCAUCGCCUUGAAGUCCGCAGGGCGGAGACAAGUCUGUCCGUGCUGCCGACAGCAGUAUCAUUUUGGGAUAGUCUAGGGCUCGCACCAGCUUCUGGAGGUAAGGAGGUGCAGACCUUAUGCAUGUUCCCUCGGUGGACAGGCAUGCAAGAUAACGUGCGCUCAUUCCUAGAGAGUAUGGGAGGCAUGUAUGAGCUUCUCAAACUUGGCAGCUUCGUCAGGCUCAGAUUGUCGGACGACAUGGAGCCUGGCAUGAUUCCAUUCGAGGUUGAUAGGAUAUCGACGUCGCCAGACGCGAGCGUAUCCGGGCAUGGCUCGGCUCUUCUCGACAGCAUGACCGCUCUGCAGUCUGCCUUGGCUGCUUUGCCUGCUUCGGAAGUCAACAUCGCCGUGCUCAUGGUGUACUCCCCAGGGAACCCGACGUCCAUUGUCGAAGCAUGCUUAGCGUUUCAGCAGUUCACUGAUUUAUACGCGAAGCAGGCGGCGGCUAAGGAAGGCGGGCCACCUGGAUUGACUUUGCAGCUGGUGUCCAUCGAUUUAAUCUCAUCUGCGACCACGCUCGUUGUCCCGUCGUCCACUGCAUUGGCCAAGCUAUGUCUAGAGCUGUACGAUCGAUGCGCAGCCGCGGGAGGGCCAUCGCCUGCGCCGGCUAUCGUACUCGAGCAACCACUACCUCGAGUGAUUGAUUUCAAGCUCACGUCGAAUCCUUCCGCCUCUUUGAUACACGAAAACUCGUGUUUCCACGUCAGCUACGCUUGCAGCCAGGAUGAGCGAUGGGUGUCGGCAGCAUGGACUGACGACAGAGGUACCCAACAAUCCACCGCUUCCUACUGUCUGGGUCGCAAGGGACGCCCCUUGUCCACGACAAUGCAUGAGGUUGCACACGAGAUAUGGGAAACUACCUUGGACAUGAUUGCAUUUCGCAAGAUUCACUGGCGGCUCAUCAUCACUAAAGUCGGCAACAUGGACAAUGCCGAAAUCGACUUCUGGUCUGAUCUUAUGAGGACAGAAAGCAGGGCACAUGUAGCGGUGAUUCUCAUGACAGUCGACACCAAUCCCAGCCUCCAGCUUGUCCCCCCAAGUGUCCAAGUGGCCGCGCCCAGUGCGGGAUUCUACACGACCCCUGUUUCGACGCCACAGGGCAGCAUGGUCUCGCCUGAGCAGGUCUCCGCCCAGGCGGCGCCGCCCACGCCCACUGCAACAGACGGUAACACAGAUCCCGAGGCGGACGCCAUACUUUUGGAUUUGACGGACCAGACGUUCGGUGCCGUUGUCGGGCAUCGGCUCAACGUCUCGCAGACGCCGUUGGAACUCCAACCAUCCCUGGUAAGCGGCUUUCUCAUCAAGAAGACCAGCAAGGAGGUGGAGGAGCCUCCUGUAGUAAUGGAGGUCAACCUCGUGCACACAGAGGGAACCGGUCGGCCUUACGAACCACUGCUGCGGGAGAUGCUGAACAACUUCCGCGGUCUGAACACAUUGGCGCGAUCCAGAGGCGUUGUGGACAAGGCUACGGAUGUGCGGCCGUGGCACGUUGCUGCGGCGGAGAAGGCCGUUCGAGCAUUGUAUAUGCUACUGUAA